AUGCUCGCGCGCGUCGUCGCGAGACGAACCGCGGGCGCGGCGUCCACGGCGUGGCGCCGCGCCGCGAGCGCCGAGACGGCGUCCUCGUCCUCGGGCGGCGGCGCGGGCGGCGGCGCGGGCGGCGGCGGCGCGGGCAUCGGAUCCCUCGCGCGCGGCGCCGUCUCGCUCGCGAUCGCGGGCGCGACCGCGGUCGUGUGCGAGUCCGUGCUGAACGACCUCGUCCUGUGGCGCAUCGCGCGCGACCGCGCGAUCCCGGUGAUCGACGCGAACGACCGCCUGAAGCGCUCGCUGGGGACGCCGCUCAGGGCGGACGCGUGGUGGAACGCGAGCGUGACGACGCGCGCGCGAGGGAACCUCGUGACGACCACGUUCUUACUCGACGGAUCGAAGGCGAGCUGCGACGUCCAGGUCGUCAUGAUUCGCGACAAGGCGGCGGCGGAUUCGGACGCGGACGCGGGUUCCCCCGCGAACGCGUUCGUCGCGUCGGUCGCGCCGAACCUCUUCGCGAACGCGUGGGCGCCGUCGCGGUGGAAGGAGGUGCGCGUCGAGGCGAUCCUGCCGCACGAGAAGGAAGCGGGUCUGCCGGGACGCGUCGACUUGUUGCGAGGGGAGGAGGAGGGGGCGUCGGAGCCGGGGUUGGGAGGGAAGAAGAAGAAGAGAAGUGCGGCGCGAGGGCGGUGGGGGGAUUGGUUCCGGAGAGGGAGGGACAGCAGUCGCGAGAAGAGGAGAGAGGCGAGCGACGCGUAG